GUAAGAGCAAUGAAUGUCAGUCAAGGUGUAAACAUAUGUAAAUUGAGGCUGCCAGUGCCCCGAUAUCUUCGUAUAGAGCGCGCAAUAUCAUUGGAGGCCAGAGUAAAGCCAACCGAUGGAGUUGUAGAAUCAACUGCGUUGCCUUACAGCCAGUUGCCCAGACCAAGGAAAUUGCAAUUUAUGCGUAGUUUUCUGCCCGGGGGAGAGUUUCAUGAUGUUUCUUUGGCGAAAUUUGCAAUGGCUAUGCGUAAACGCUAUGGGGAUAUCUUUAUAAUGCCUGGUAUGUUUGGACGCAAGGAUUGGGUUGUGGUAUUCAACACCAAGGAUAUUGAAACAGCGUGUCGCAACGAGGGUGUCUGGCCACACCGCGAAGGUUUCGAUUCCAUCGAAUACUUUCGAACGCACAUUCGCCCUGAUGUCUACAAUGAGAGCAAGGGCUUAAUUGCCACGCAAAAGGAAGAAUGGAGCAGGCUGCGCUCGGCAAUGAAUCCCAUUUUUAUGCAACCCAAGAGCCUAAAAAUGUACAUCGAACCGCUUUCCAAUAUAAAUAAUGAGUUCAUUGAACGUAUUAAGGAAAUCCGCGAUCCGAAAACGCUUGAGGUGCCCGACAAUUUUCAUGAGGAGAUGUGUCGUGUUAUCUUCGAAUCGGUGGCGCUCAUCGCGUUUAACCGCCAAAUGGGAAUCAUACGCAAGCAGCGCGAUAAUCCAGAUGCCCUGACACUGUUCCGUACAUCGCGUGAAAUAUUCCGCUAUACCUUCCAGCUGGAUAUGACGCCAUCGCUUUGGAAAAUUCUGCCCACGCCCACCUACAGAAAAAUGGUACGAGCACUCAACGAAAGUGCGAAUGUGGCAAUGAAAAUAGUUGAGGAGUCUCGUCAGCUAUUGGAGAGACGCAAACAGGCCGGCGAAGACUUUAGUCAAGCCAGCAUGAUGGAGCGACUGCUGGAGAUUGAUCCAAAAAUUGCUGUCAUCAUGGGACUGGAUAUACUAUUUGCCGGCGUCGAUGCUAGCUCCAUUUUGCUGUCGUCGUUACUCCUGUGUCUCUCCAAAAACCCGGACAAACAGCAAAAGCUGCGGGAAGAGGUGCUGCGCAUCAUGCCCACCAAAGACACUCCAUUGGACGAGCAGCGCAUGAAAGAUAUGCCGUAUCUGCGAGCUGUGAUCAAGGAGAGUCAGCGCUACUAUCCAAAUGGCUUUGGCACCUUCCGACAAUGCGUCAAUGACGUAACACUCUCCGGCUAUAACAUACCACAGGGCACUCAAAUCUUGUUGGCCUACAAUGCGCUAUGUAGGGACAGCAAACAUUUUCCAAGGGAAGAUCAGUUUCUGCCCGAACGCUGGUUGCGCGAUCCCGAAACGGGUAAGAAAGAACAGAUCUCUCCAUUCGCAUUCCUGCCCUUUGGUUUUGGGCCACGGAUGUGUAUUGGCAAGCGAGUCGUCGAUCUGGAAAUGGAGACCACAUUAGCCAAGUUGAUACGCAACUUUAACAUUGAAUUCAACUAUGAUGCAUCCCAGCCAUAUAAGUCCUUCUUUGUUUCGGAGCCCGCCAUACCAUUCCGUUUUAAGUUCACCGAUGUGGAGAAGUGAACAUUUAAAUGAUAACAUUAAACGUGUAUAUACGCAGCGUUAUAGCACAAUCAUAAUUAUAUACAAGUAAAUUUGUUGCUGUUUAAUUUCUAAA